UCCGCACACUCCGUUUUCGCGCGGUGAACGAUUUGGCAACACAGCUGUGCGUCUGAACUGAUUCUGAAGCUGAGUGGAGUAUAUAUCUGUUUAUCCAUAUCGACUUAUCUUUGAUUAGUCGCACGCAUGAUAGAUAAAGUGCAUUGAUUAAUUGAAUUUGAGGUUGAGUGAUGCACUCACCGUCAGUAAUCGGGUGUCCGUCCUACGUGCCGUGCUGUAUUUCAUUUUUAACGGAAAAUUUUUGUGAUUUUUAGAUUGUUUGCCGGGAAUGGGACGCCAAUUUUAAAUCUUUAAUUUUCUUUUUUAAUCGUGGUUUUACGAAAACAAUGUUUGGUGGCACCUUUGCUUAUGCGCCGAAACACUUUUCUCAAACUUACACUAUCCACGUGUACCACGAAGGGUUUAACGUCCACGUCUUCACAUUUUUUUUCCAUCUAAAGAAGCUGUUACUUAUGCUGCAAUGUGGCGGUUACUGAAAGAAGUUUGGGAAAAGAAGACGAAAAAGGAAUUUAAUAUCAAGCUCCUGAUGGUUGAUUUCGAGUCUGCAGUACUGAAAGCAGCGCGAGAUGUGUUUCCUUCAGCUAUCAUCAAGGGAUGCCGAUUUCACUUAGGGCAAAGCUUUUUCAGAAAGAUACAGUCCAUGAAAAAAUUAAGAAAUUGCUACUUGCGGAAUGAUACAACUGAUCGUGCAGCAACAAACUCAGAUUGAGAACAAAAGCAAGAAACCGAGAGGUAUCAGAUGGCGAGAGCAGACAAGGGUGCUUGCCUUGGCGCUGUGGAAGAGGAGUCCUAAGAACUAUAAGCUGCUCCGAACAAUCUUCAAGCUACCAGCAGAAAGCACCUUACAGCAUUUACUCUCUAAGUUACCGAUGGAGCCUGGGAUCCAUAAGAAUACGCUUAAGUUGAUAUCACAAGAAGUCGGCUUGAAAGAAAAUGGUUUCCAUUUAUGUGCGGCGCUGUUCGAUGAGAUGUCCAUAAAGGAGCACUUAGAAUACAGCGUGGCCUCCGACAAAAUUGUCGGCUUCGUGAGCUACGGUGGAGGUUCAAAGAUGGAGGUAGCCAAUUAUGUCUUGGUACUUAUGCUGCGAGGCUUAAAAAGAAAAUACAAGCAACUAAUUGCCUACUUCCCUAGCCGAGGAGGCUUAAAUUCAAGAGAGCUGACGAGCAUAAUCAAAGAUGUCCUCAAAGCCUGUGACGAGGCCGGUCUGCUGGUGCUGACGACGGUUUGCGACCUAGGAUCCAGCCAAGUGAGUGCCCUGAAAAGACUGGGCGCCACCUUCGACGAGCCGUCUUUCAAGUGGAAUGGAAGAAAAAUCUCCACUAUCUACGAUCCCCCGCACCUCCUGAAGUGUGUUAGGAAUUUGCUCCUUAUGUACAGACUUGACUGUGAACUCGUGAUGAGUGCAAACAGGAAGGCCGAUAGGGGCAUUGCUGAUUGGCAACACAUCAGGGAUCUGUACGAGAAGAAAAUGAUAAUGAGUGCUCUCCACAAACUUACGGUCGAUCACGUGUACCCUCAAGGUAACAUAAUCCUUGAUGAAUUGAAUGGCAUAUAAAACCUUUUCAAGUUGGGCUUAUAGUUUCCAACCGAAAAUUGACUUUAGUUAAUUUUUAGCAAGUUUGCGCUACCGUCACAAAUGAACUGAAAAAUUCUUUGCGUUUCACAUGGGUUUGAUCUGUUGAUCUACGAAACUUCACGAAUCUCAUGGGAGAGGAAUCACUUUAUGCUUGUCUCGUGUCAAUUUUUCUCUUAAUGCCGCUAAAAGGUGACGAGCAAACUUGACCGGGUCGAAAAAAGGUUUUUCACUACUCUCUCACCCCAUAUGCUCUAAC